AUGCAGACGACACAGGUGAUAUGCGCACCGUGUCGCAGGCAGCUCCUCGCAGCUGCUCAGCAGCGCGCUCAGGCCCGUCGAAUACCGCAGUGGCAGACGCAAGUAUACAUCCGCGCAGCAUCGACCGGGACGCCCAGGACAGAAGCGCUUCCAGACAACGACUUUGUCCCUUCGAUCGAUGGCCUGAACUUCGACGGGCCGCCAGGCGCACGACGCAGCCAUGAUGGAACGAAAAAAAUACGCAGUUCAAGACCACAUGCCCACCGUCUGCCCAAGCGAAUGCCGCCGAAUUUACCUUUCAAGAAGGCUAUGGCCCCUUCGGAUAAAAAGGAAUCUAUGGAUAUAUUCAAAAAAGUCGUUGAGGAACAGGGCGGUCAGGAGGAAGCUGCCAGUGCCGCGCCGAAAGAUAUAUCCCCUGUUACUGUGGAAUUUCUCAAUGACUUAUGCCGGCUGCGGCCGAUGAUGAGAGAGGAGAGUAUGGAGGCAUGUCUGGAUUUCUUCCUGGCCAACAUAUGGCCUAAAGUCAUCUCUGCUGGGAGGCCCCGCCUGGUCAAGCAGAGAGGCACCUACCUAUUGACAAAAGUCGCCGCGGCCAAGUUGGCUGAUAUGGACAACGAGAGGCUGCCGUCGGUGGCCCGAAUCACUCAGCUCUUUUAUGAGAUGGACUCUCUGAGUCCGGCGAAAUGGACCGACUUGAUUAUGGGCUUGAUCAAGAAUAUUGUCGCCAGGAGCCCCGCCAGGCAAGACUACCCCAGCGUCGAGGCUCAUGAGAUGGCCAUGGCUCGGAAGGCGGAGCUGCUUGAUGAUCUUGUUGAAUCGUGGAUCAUCUUCCAUCGCUACCGUCUGCCCGCCAACGAAUCAGAGCUCCAGACAUCUGCCGAGGUGCAGUUUCGACUCCCAGACAUCAACGAGAUCCGCCUUCGUAGCUAUGCCAGAACUGGCAACCUGAUAGGCGCUAUGGGUAUGCUUUUUCACAACUUCGCUACACAGCACAGAGAAGUACCUGCGGUAGCCCUUGCCACAUUCGUACUCCUCAUGGACCCCGAACACUCGACUGUCCGCGCUCGGCGCAGGGCAGAGCCCCUGCUUAAGCCAAUUGGCCAUAUCCUGUCUGUUGUUGAGCUUCGACGGCCUGCUAUGUACUCGAUGUUGGAGCCUCAUCCCAGUGUUAUGUUGUACGUCGUGCAACGCUGGGACGGAAUCAUAGCACAGCUUCGCGAGCCACAGAGACCCAAACCCGUGCCGCCUGUGAACGUGGAGACCCCACGCAAUGCUGGGCCACAAAGUCGGACGGUGCAAGCUCAGAGCAGCAUUCCUGGGUUUCAGAGUCGAAUUAUGAAUGCUCUUGCUCUGAGUGAUGUGACGGCAGUCGAGGCUGCAUGGACAGAUUACUGGAACCAGUAUGGUCACGUUGGCAAGGGCAGCAUUACGGAAAUGCACGAGGGCUUGUUGGACACCUUCAUUAUGGUGUUCACUGCACUCAGACGGCCACAACGGGCUGUUGAUGUCUGGAACUCGAUGGAGCGCGUUGGCGUCGUUCCCACGCUGAAGACAUGGACGUGUAUGAUUGAGGGCUGCAGAAGAGCCAAAAAUCCGAACGGCCUGGAGAACGUCUGGAGAAGGCUCAUCGCAUCCGGCCUGAAGCUAGACAGUAUGGUCUGGAAGGCUAGAAUCGUCGGGCUCAUGGACUGUCGUCAACCUGAGGCCGGGCUGCGGGCUCUCAGUGACAUGUUGCGCCAAUCCACACAGCCAGGCGGUGUUCCUCUGCAGAUCGACUCCGUAAACGCCGCCGUCGCCGGUCUGAUCCGCCUCAAUGCAAUGUCGGCCGCUAAGAAAGUCCUCACCUGGGCCUCCGACAACGGUGUUGAGCCGGACGUCAUCACCUACAACACACUUCUCGGCCCUCUCGUACGAAACGGCGACGCGGUCCAGAUUGAUGCCCUUUUGAAGAUGAUGUACGAGCAAAAAGUCCAGCCCGACAGCGCUACUUGGACGAUUCUCCUCGACGGCAUCAUUAGCAAUAUCAAGAACACCAGCCCUGACGAGCAGCGCAGGAGCGUUGAAAAGCUCCUCCAAACAAUGGACGUCGAGGGCGUCAAGGCCAACAUGGAGACAUUUGCGCGCAUUAUGCACUUAGUCAUCCGCGACGGCCACCAGAGCCAUCAUCACACCGAGGGCGCCAUAGGCGCCAUCUACAACCACAUUCGGAGCAAGGGCCUACAGCCGAGCCCGCACAUAUACACCAUAUUGCUCGACCACUACUUCUCUCGCACACCGCCGGCUCUCGACGAGGUCAAUCAGCUACUCGCCGAGUGCGGCUUCGACAGCCAUCAUUGUGUCCUUCUCGACAGGGGCCGCAGGUUAGACAAGGUCUUCUGGGAGCGUGUAAUUCGGGGCUAUGCGCUCGCGGGUGACCUGGACCGUGCGUUCGGCCUGUUCGAGCAGGUCAGCAGCCUCUCCGGAUCGGCCAUCACCCUGGAGGCGCUCGAGGACCUCCUGAGAUGUCUCGUGCGCGAAAACAUGAUGACCGAGGCCAGGCGGGUCGUGGACCAUGUGAGACUGCACCGUAUGAACGCACAUGCGCAUGCUGUACCCACAACGCCUGUGGCCGUGGAGAUGUUUGGUGCCGGGCUGCCUAACGGGUCCGAGAGGUCCAGGCACAGAUACUGGAGGCAUGGAUUCUGGGCUUUUGCUCUCGACUGCGGGCUGCUGUCCAGGGCGGAAUGGGAGCAGCUCAAGGUUCGUGGGCCAGGGAUGCAUGGGCAUACACCGCAGAAGGUUGAGAGUGAUCUGUGAGGUCGACGGGUACCCUGGUGCACAUACAAGAAGAUGUGGCCAUGAUUCGUAGAUGUAUUCAUAUAUGUAUAUACAUGAAUAUAUGUAUUGAAUGAUAUAGAACUGAUGAACUUUGCACAGUCCAGAAGGUAUCUCAUAAUCAAUUCUCGUCCAGCCGUGCAGCCUGUCCCGAUUCCACUUCAUUGCACCGAAACGCCUUCCUACGCCGAAAUCGUAGAGAAACCCCCUGAUCCAGCCUUAAGCUCGUGUUGAAGCCCCUUGCAUGUCUUAAGAAAUAGCUUUCCAGCGCCAGUCUUGCCAUGUUUCCCCAGCCGUGUGCCUGUCUGCCUGAGGCCAGAACAGAAAGCUGUCAGGGCCCAUAGCUCAGGGCGUGUCUGCUACUCCACGCCAUCAUCGUCCUCUUCCAUCUCCUCGGCGCCGUUAUCCUCAUCGCCUCCUCCCUGGUCUUCUCUACUCAGCCUCUGCACCACGCCCUCUAGCGCCCCAACUUCCCCGACUCCUAACCUCGCGCCGUCCCCUUGCCACUCGCCAUCCCUCACCUCGCCAUUGCGCCCCAGCUCGAGACCCCUGAUAGUCUCCAGGUGCCGCCUUGCCGCACCCUCGACAUACUCGACCCUCUCCUUCCGCCACGUCCUUCUCGUCGCAUCCACCACGGCGGCAUCGCCACCAACGCUGUCCUCCCCGGCGCUAGCUGCUGGCCCCUUCAAGUCCGGCAUGAGGCCCGACAGGCU